UCCCUGCCUUGCCCCGCCCCGCCUCGCCUCGCCUCGCCUCGCCGGCGGCUGCCGCCGAGUCAGGUGACAGCCCGGAAGCUGCGGAAGCGGAUGAGAGAAGCGCGGCUGCGGCCCUGGGGGCGGGAGCUGCUCGCCCUCCACCGAUCUCCUAGUGCGGCUCUCAUGUGCUGCGCUCGCUGACACCCGAAGUCCGCGGCUCUCCGCACACGGUGGGGUCGUCAGACCCGCUGCCCUUGGCGGUCGAAGUCGUAGUGUGGGCCCGCAGCGGCCGCCCAUGGAGAAGGCCAGGAGAGGCGGGGAUGGCGUCCCCCGGGGGCCCGUACUGCACAUCGUGGUUGUUGGCUUUCACCAUAAGAAGGGCUGCCAGGUUGAAUUCUCUUACCCGCCCCUGAUUCCAGGAGAUGGACAUGACAGCCACACUUUACCUGAAGAAUGGAAGUAUUUGCCCUUCCUUGCCUUACCAGAUGGCGCACACAACUACCAGGAAGAUACUGUGUUUUUUCACUUGCCACCCAGAAAUGGAAAUGGAGCCACAGUAUUUGGUAUCUCUUGCUAUCGACAAAUUGAAGCCAAGGCACUGAAAGUAAGGCAAGCAGAUAUCACCAGAGAGACUGUUCAGAAAAGUGUCUGUGUUCUAAGCAAGCUGCCUUUGUAUGGUUUACUUCAAGCAAAACUUCAACUCAUUACACAUGCAUAUUUUGAAGAGAAGGAUUUUUCCCAAAUUUCCAUUCUAAAGGAACUUUAUGAACAUAUGAAUAGUUCCUUGGGAGGGGCUUCAUUAGAAGGAUCCCAAGUAUAUCUUGGUCUGUCACCUCGAGAUCUUGUCCUUCAUUUUCGACACAAGGUCUUAAUCCUAUUUAAGCUAAUUCUUCUUGAAAAAAAGGUUCUUUUUUAUAUUUCUCCAGUGAAUAAAUUGGUGGGUGCACUGAUGACUGUGUUAUCCCUUUUUCCAGGCAUGAUUGAACAUGGUCUCAGUGACUGUUCUCAGUAUAGACCCCGGAAGAGUAUGUCUGAAGAUGGUGGACUUCAGGAAAGUAACCCAUGUGCAGAUGAUUUUAAUUCUGCAUCCACUUCUGACGUUUCACAUACCAACUUGGGAACUGUCAGGAAAGUCAUGGCAGGAAACCAUGGAGAAGAUGCUGCCAUGAAGACUGAAGAGUCUUUGUUCCAAGUGGAAGACAGCAGCAAAGGGCAGGAACCCAAUGAUAACAAUCAAUAUUUGAAACCUCCAUCUCGCCCAUCUCCAGAUUCUUCAGAAAGUGACUGGGAAACUUUGGAUCCUAGUGUUUUAGAGGACCCCAACUUGAAAGAAAGGGAACAGCUGGGAUCAGACCAGACAAAUUUGUUUCCAAAGGACUCUGUCCCCUCAGAGAGUCUUCCAAUUACUGUACAACCUCAAGCUAAUAUGGGACAGGUAGUCCUGAUACCAGGGCUCAUUUCGGGUUUGGAAGAGGAUCAGUAUGGCAUGCCCCUGGCCAUCUUCACAAAGGGAUAUCUGUGUUUGCCUUACAUGGCAUUGCAGCAGCAUCAUCUUCUCUCCGAUGUCACCGUUCGGGGGUUUGUUGCUGGAGCUACUAACAUCCUUUUUCGACAACAGAAACACCUCAGUGAUGCCAUUGUGGAAGUACGUUUAUGUGUAGAAGAAGCUCUGAUCCAGAUCCACGAUCCAGAACUCAGGAAGCUGCUUAACCCAACCACUGCAGACCUAAGGUUCGCAGAUUACCUAGUGAGGCACGUGACUGAGAAUCGGGAUGACGUCUUCCUAGAUGGCACGGGCUGGGAGGGAGGUGACGAAUGGAUCCGGGCCCAGUUUGCGGUCUACAUUCAUGCCCUGCUGGCUGCCACACUGCAAUUAGAUAAUGAAAAGAUAUUAUCGGACUAUGGGACAACUUUUGUUACGGCAUGGAAGAAUACUCACAACUACAGGGUGUGGAACAGCAACAAGCAUCCAGCACUUGCAGAAAUAAAUCCAAACCAUCCAUUUCAAGGCCAAUACUCAGUAUCAGACAUGAAGUUAAGAUUCUCACAUUCUGUUCAGAAUAGUGAACGUGGCAAAAAAAUUGGAAAUGUCAUGGUCACAACUAGCCGGAAUGUUGUGCAAACAGGAAAAGCUGUUGGCCAGUCAGUUGGAGGAGCUUUUUCCAGUGCAAAGACAGCUAUGUCUUCAUGGCUUUCCACUUUUACCACUUCCACCUCCCAAAGUCUCACUGAGCCACCAGAUGGGAAGCCUUGAGCAGGGUGUCAGAAGCUGCUAUUGCUUUCUGAGGUUUAAGUGUCCCCUGUCUGUCUGCUGCUCCCAGGCUGUUAUCAGCCACAGAUCCACAGCAGGGGACCAUAUGUCAAACUGUUUACAUAGACGGUUGCUCUAAGUGAAUGCUUCAGGAUGCCGAAAUGAUGAAAUCACAGCCGUAGCAGGGAUGGCUUUCCAGGUUGGGGUUUCAAUUGACUACUUUUAUUUCAGUCUGAGCCUGAUUAAAACAUACAGUGAACCUUCUAAUGAAUUUUGAGUUCUGAUACUGUACAUUGGUUUACUUUAGAAGAGUUUUUAUUUAUGUAAAUUUUGUUCUGUUUUGGUGUUUGAAUAUCUAGAUGGUCAUUGUAAUUUAUACUUGCUAAAAUUAAUUUAUAUUACCAUUUUCUCUAAAGUUGGCCUUAAAAUGUUCUUAUAAAGUGAAGGGGUCAUACAGUUGGGCCUUUAUUAUUUUGCUGAAUUCUAUGAUGAUUAUUUUGCUUUCUACCCACAAAACAUUUAUUAAUUCACUUCCUCCCAAAAACAUGAAAGUCAGGGGUAGUAGUUCUGAGGAUUGGGUGUUUUAUGUUUUUAGUUUGUUCUUUCCACAUCCUUAAAAACUUGCUUUCAGACAUCAAGGAGUAUCAUGUGCUUUCCUCCUCUUUAUAACUGUGCAGGUGGCUGUGCAGAGAAAUAGCAGAGUGAUGGUUCAAUGAUACUGAAGCAGUUUAACAUGAAUGUGUCUGUAGGGCAAUACUUUCAAAGACCUAUGUGUUUAUUUUUCAACCACAGUCAUGUUGCAGUCUUUUACAAGCACUUUUUUAAAUUCACAGUUUGUGCCAUCUGUUUCACUUUUUUUUGUAGCGGGGACAGGGUCUCGCUGUAUUGCCCAGGCUGGAGUGCAGUGGCGCCAUCUCGGCUCACUGCAACCUCCAUCUCCUAGGUUCAAGCAAUUCUUGUACCUCAGCCUCCCAAGUAGCUGGGAUUAUGGACAUGCACCACCACACCCAGCUGAUUUUUGUAUUUUUAGUAGAGACGGGGUUUCGCCAUGUUGGCCAGGCUGGUCUUGAUCUCCUGGCCUCAAGUGAUCUGUCUGCCUCAGCCUCCCAAAGUGCUGGGAUUACAGGCAUGAGCCGCUGCGCCUGGCCUGUUUCUUUUUUAAACAGUUUUCUAUUGAGUGUUUGCAGACCUACAGCUUUUCUCGUAGUCUUAUUCUUCAUAAAGCUUUUCAAAGCACUUAGUCUUCUACUUCCCUAACUGAAAGUCUUCCUAUAAUCAAUCCCUACCCCCUUCUAUAAGUAUUUUAAAAGAAAAGCAAGGUGACUGUAUUAAAUAGAAAUCUCAUCUUAGUUUAUAUUCAUCAAAGUAAGAGGCAAGAGAAGAAAACUGCAGCCUUGACAUCUGUCAUCUGAGAAAGGACAUCUGGUUUCAUGUUAGGUACAUACAUGCAUGUGCGUGCCAUCUACUGAUGAUCUGUACACAGCUGGACCUUGUGUGUUUGUCAUGCUCAGCUCUCAUUUGCUUUUCAAGGAGACCUGGGAUGGGUGUUCUCAGAGAGUACUUACGAGGAAAAGACUGCCUUUUCAGUAACAAAGGAUACUUGGGAAAUACAUUGUGAGUAUGAUCUAUCCCAGAUUGCUGGGGAAUUAAAGGAGGACGCUGAUUAUAUUUGGUUUAUUCCUCACGAAAUGUUUAAGAAGUAAAUGCUCCCAAGGCAUUUGAAAUGAACAUAGAAACAUAAUCUAAAUAUCUCUAAACUUUCCACUUUGUGUUUUCUAAACACAAAUUGUAUUACCCAUUUGAGCAUAACUCAAGAAUUCAGCAAUGAUAAACUGAAGGGCUGAAUGUGAGAACUCCAUUAUGUCCACUUCUUCCAAGAAAGUUAACCUCAGGAAAUACUGUUUGAAUAGAAGAAAUACCAAACAAAACCUUAAACAGUACUCUAAUCUUUUUGUGCUGAGACUAUAAAGAAUUCAUUCUAACAUCUUGUUGUUUCUCAAGGACCACAUCAUUCGUUGGAGCAUGAUAGUGUGAUUUGUGUGCAAUUGUUACCUCUCAGCUGCUGAAGUUCACACUUCAGGGAUCUAGGAGCCCUGUGAGGGUCAUCCAGCGACAUGCUGAUUUGUCUUUCAGCUGGUAUGGUUUCUAUGACUGGGGUCAACUCCCAUUUUUCACCCUUCAAAAGCAGCCCAGCUCAUGCUUUGGAAUCCACUGAAAUAAAAAUAGUUACAUCAAGUUUAACUUUCUUUAAUACCACUUGUUCCCCAUUUGAAUACACACUUUGAUCGGACUUUCUAUUAACAUGUCUAGCUAACAGUUUGAUUCUUAGUGGUCACUUUACUGACUUUCAACAUAAAACAAGUAUCUCAGAAAAUACAGCUUUCAUCAUAGAAAUGGUCAAAAGACCAUAGCUGUAUUUCCUUCAGGCUCUAGGAGGUGGAGUUUUUCAAGGAACACUGGCCCUUGUAUUGUUGGCAGGAGCCCCAGGGCAGUUCGCACAGAGGCAAGAAGCCUCACCCCUGCUCCUGUGACCCCCCACAUACUUCAGGCUUGGAUUCUAGGCUCCAAGUGGCCAGCAUAGAAGCAGCAGCCUCUCUCCAAACCCUGGCUCUGUGAGCCAUAGGAGCCACCACUAGGCCAUCUUCUGACACAGCCCUGGUAAAGGUGUGUGUGUUGUUGACCAAACUUGCCCCAGUGCUUGCUAAGGCUUGUGUGUCUAAGAACUGAGUGUUUGUACCUAGGUGUGAGGGAACCAGGGUCAGCCAGCCUUUUUCACAUGUGCCAGGCACACACACUACAUCAAUGUCUUGGUGGUGGCUUCGCUGCUAUCCAGGUGACUUAAAAGUUUGGAAAAUGUCCCUGGUAUACUUCAGUUCCUACUAGACAUUGUAAUGACAAUGGUGUAGGUAAGGAAGAGAGAGUUAAAGCUACCAGUUGUGGAACAGAAAUAGUUGCAUGUCCAAAGGUGGCCUACAAUGAUUGUGCGUGUGCACUUGGCUCACAUAACCAGCAUGAAUAGUCUCUUCCCAAAUCCGUUAGCGAUUACCCCCUGCCAAGCACAGCCCCAAAACAAUUCUCAUCCACUUUCCUGUUAAGAAACACAGCAGCAAUAUACUUUGGCAGCAUACCAGAGCAUAUGAUGUGACUUGCUCAACCUUAUCUUCCUUUCCAAAUUCUAUACGAAGCGUCUGAUGUUUUUUAGAAUAAUUUCCUUUGGAAAGCCAAGGAGAAAGCAAAUUCGGAAGAGAAGUGAGAAACUGUUGCCUGGCUGAGGAAUAAGAUGCUUAAAAUCUGAAUGAAAGUAUUUUGAGAGCAGUAUUUCAUGUGCUAAGAGGUAUAAGAAUUCUUUUAGAAAGCAGUUAGAAUGUUACUCUGCUAGUUACAAGUUUUAAAGUCACGCUAUAGCAUUAUCGCCCUGGUAGGUAGGUUUUGUUAUUGUUUUAUAGUUUGUGAAUAAAAGUUUUGUAGAAGUUACAGCUAGUGGUCUUUUCCCUCCAGAGCCAGUGAUGAGUGUUGGAGCACUUCAGCUCUAGAAGGGGGUCAGUGUUCUGACCUUUAACCACAUGAACUUACCUGUGUCAGCAGUUGCGGAAAGUAGCCUGUUAGGACAGCAGCUGCUAAGCGUUGCCUGGUAUUUUAGUGGGGAGAUGGUUGGGACUCUUAAUGGCAUCAACACUUGCAUGCUCUGAAUCUUUGAUCAGAGAUGAGGUGCCAUUCGUGGCAUUUCCACCCCGUCUCGUGGUAGCCUUUAAAAGUGGUAGAAGAUGCUACCCUAAUUCCCUGAGGAUUGUCAUUCCAUGCAGCGUAAGGUGCCGCGAGGAGUUUCUCAUUCCAGUUCUUUGGACUUCGUAACAUUGAAAUUGUUUUUCCAUAAUUUCCGGCAUUCCAUAAAUAUUUGUCAAGGACAAAGAAAAGGAAUGUGGAUGUCUAUUCUUUUCAUAUGAAUGACUUUGUACACAUGACUUCCUGCUUUCAUUAUGAAGGAGGGGAAACUAGUUCCCUUAUAUGGUAACUCCAAAGUUAAAAAAUUGUGCAUGUCUGAGGGGUUGAAUAUAUUUUGUAAAACUCUAAAUACAUUUGUAUUUCUGUGCUGUUCUAAAGUUUACCUUUUUACUUAUAUGAAAGAUAUAGAAACUAUAUAUUUAAAUCAUGUAAAUGGAACAGUGUAGGGGGUUUUCCCGAUCUUAUUUUUCAUCAGCUUCUCACAUCCACGUAGAUGCUGCUCAGAUUUUUUCACGUGUGCAAUAUGAACAUUUGAACAUUUCAGUCAGGUACUGAGCCAGAAAAGGUAAUUGAAGUUUUCAGAAAGCUUCUGUGCUUAGAAAAUAUUUUGUUUUCUUAAAAAAAUAGUUUUUUGUAGCUGGAAGAAUAAGAUCAAGGCUUACAUGUUUCAGGCCCCUUGGUCACUGGUUCCUGAAUUUAGGAAACAUUGGAUUAAUGAGUUGGUGAAGGUAUUUAGUGGUUACAAAAAUAGUUUAAAUAUUUACAAUUAAAGGCUUUUCACAAACCUUUUCUAAGAAAAUUUAGCUGAGAAAACAAAAAGUUUUCUAAGGAAGUUUAGCUGUGGCACAUGUUUUGAUCAGAAAGGUAUUUUCUCUUUGGUAGUUUUAAAGUUUGUACUAGUUCUUUUUUUAUUGUUAAAAUUAUAAAUCAUGUCUAAUCAUACUGAACUGUAAAACUUCUGUUGUAUCUUUAUUUUAAGCGUAAAUGAGAAUAAAAUGAUCCUGUCCGCCCUGCCUACAA